AUGUGCAAUCAGGAUGUCCUGUAUGCGACGUCUCAAAUAAAACGGAAUAAAAAUCAUAUAAAUCUGAUCUCCACCGGUACAUGUGUUUCCAGGGAGUAGGAUUGGAGACGGACUUGUAAACAUUUCAAGCGUGGUUCUCUGGUAAUAUGAGGUAGCUGUCGUCAGCUUUUACCUUACGUGGAAGCUACGGGCAUGAAUCCAGGAAAUGUGAGAGGAGCUGAGUUCAGAGAGCCGGCUGAAGCGCGGAGAGUGUGUCGCUUUUUCCUGGCUGGUCGUCACCAGUGUUAGCUGCACAAAGAGCAUUUUGUUGUGGAGAAAUGAAAUUACUCUUCCUCGCCCCUCUCAGCCCCCAAACCGGGAACCAUACAACAGCUGACAGAAUAAGGUCUCACAUCGAAUCAGCAGGACACACUUGUGAGCUCAGGGAUGCGGGAGAAUUUCAAUCUCCUGCUGAUGUGGCAAAUCUGGUAUCUCAGGAUCCUCCGUUUGACGGUGUGCUGGCCAUUCAUCUGUUCAAAGCAGGCAGACUUCUCCUGGACGUCCAAAUACCCUUUGGGCUUAUUUUUGGUGGAACGGACAUAAAUGAAGAUGUGAAAGAUGAACAGAAGCGUGUGGUCAUGAAGCAGGUGCUGCUGAGAGCCAGAUUUGCUGUUGCAUUCACUGAAAAGCUGAAAGAAGAAGCAGAACUUUUUUUGGUUUCCCAGAGUGCUAAAAUAUAUGUGCAGCCCCAAGGUGUCCAGACGGAGGUGACAGAAGAAUUCUGCUGGACUGAGUUCUUGCAUAGUUCAGGUGUGAGGAACAAGUGUGUGGACAAGCUGCGCGUCUUCCUGUUGGUCUGCGGCCUCAGAAGAGUCAAGGACCCCCUCUAUCUGGUGGAGGUUUUUUCAGACUGGCAUUGUAAGAAUCUGCUGAACAUCUUGGUCAUAAUUGGACCAAAGAUCGAUCCGGUACUAACUGCUGAAAUGGAAGCUGCUGUCAGUAGGACAACAGGGGUCUUCUUGGCUCAGGAGAGGAGCCAACCAGAGCUUCAUGCUGCCAUGAAGAGGUGCUUCGCUUUGGUCAACAGCUCGGUCUCUGAGGGCAUGUCAGGAGCCAUCUUGGAGGCGAUGGACCUCAGGGUGCCCGUGUUGGCGAGAGACAUUCCAGGAAAUGCAGCAGUGGUGCAGCAUGAGGCCAACGGCCUGCUGUAUUCAUCUCCUCAGGAAUUUGUGCACCAAUCUCAAAGGCUGUUGUCAGAUCAGGAAUUGAGAGAGAGGGUGGUGAGAAAUGGAAAACGCUACGUGGACGAGCACCACAGCCUAAAGCAGGAGAGAGAGACCUAUCAGCAACUGGCGGACACUCUGAACUCAUCGUAGGGUCACAGGGUUCUUCUCAAGGACUUGAGCAACAUAAAAGGGAAUAUCGCAAUCAGACUUUGUACAAAUAUUGUUAUUAUGGUAUUUAUGUGUAUUCAUGUUUUAUUUGUACUGCAUGACUAGAAGUUAUGCUGCAGGUCACUUUGAACCAGACAGAGCAGAUGGUUUUGUCAUAUUUAUAUAAUUUAAGCAUGUGAAGUUAUCAUUUACACUUUAAAAUAAAUCAAGCAAAAGUAUCAAA